UCUCUUCAUGAUUUUCUUCUGGCUCUAUUUUUAAAUUCAAACCACAUUUCAGUUUCUUUUGUAUGAGACAUGUUUUGAGCAAUUGUGUUCUGUUGUAGUGAAUGAGACUGCGAAAAUGAGAGGAUCUGAUGCAGGUGAAGCCACAAGAAUACAUGUCAGAACAACAAACACCGAGGUUACUCCUCGGGAUGAAGUAGCAGCAGCAGCAGCCUCCUCGGCGCAGAAGAGCAUGGAUUUCAUGGCCGAAAAGAAGAAGUCAAUGCGAGCGCGUUAUGCAUAUGGCAUUAUCUUUCUUAUUCCAAAUCUUUGUGCUUGGAUUGUUAGAGAUUAUGGACAAAUGGCUCAACCUCAGUUCCAUUAUCUAAAAUCUUGUGGAGCUGAUGGAAGAGAUUGUGUUCAUACACUAGGCGUCCUUCGAGUGAGUUUCGGGUGCUUUAUAUAUUUUUCUGUGAUGUUUCUCACAACAUUUAGAACAAGAAAGUUAUACGAAACUCGCAAUGCAUGGCAUUCUGGAUGGUGGACAUUAAAGUAUUUCAUGUUGAUUGUGUCACUGGUGGUUCCAAUCUUUUUUCCUUCUGGUUUUAUUCAACUCUAUGGAGAACUUGCUCGAGUCGGUGCAGGGAUUUUUCUUCUUCUCCAACUUAUAAGUGUGAUUCAGUUCAUUAAUUGGUGGAAUAAGUACUGGAUGCCUGAUGAGGAAAAGAAGCAGAGCUGCUCCCUCGGAUUGUUUAUGUCGACGCUAUUUUACAUCGCUUCUGUGUGCGGACUUGUGUACAUGUAUGCAACUUAUGGCACAAAAACCUCUUGUAGUCUCAACAUUUUUUUCAUCUCAUGGACUGCAAUUCUUCUUAUUGUCAUGAUGGCUAUAUCCCUUCAUUCAAAGGUCAAUAGGGGUCUUCUAUCAUCAGGAAUCAUGGCUGCAUAUGUUAUUUACUUAUGUUGGUCUGCUCUAAGAAGUGAACCUGCCAAUGAGAAGUGUUAUAAACACAAAGAAGUCAUUGAGAAUGGUGAUUGGACUACCAUAGUAAGCUUCUUGAUUGCAAUAUGUGCCAUUGUCAUGGCAACUUUUUCAACAGGAAUUGAUUCAGAAUCAUUCCAGUUUCGCAAAGAUGAAGUAAAAGAAGAAGAUGACAUUCCCUACAAGUAUGAGUUUUUUCACCUAGUAUUCUCCUUGGGGGCCAUGUAUUUUGCAAUGUUAUUCAUCAGUUGGAAUCUCAACAAUUCACCAACAAAGUGGAGCAUAGACAUAGGGUGGGCAAGUACAUGGGUGAAAAUUGUGAACGAGUGGUUUGCAGCCACAAUAUAUGUAUGGACGUUGAUUUCCCCGGUUGUGAAACAGUCCAAAUUGGUAAGUUGUGAAGAAGCAGGCGGCGGCGGGGAGGAGAGGAUUCAGCCAGCUCUACCAUGAAAUUCAAUUGAUGAAUUGAUUUGAUAUAAAUGAGUUGAGUAUUAAAUUGAUUAUCACAAAACGACAUUCAACAAACUGUCGUAAAAUGUCGAUUUAUAUAUUACUUGAGUAAUUUAACACGUAAUGUCCAUUCUUAUCAUAGAACCCCUUUGUCUUUCACAACACAUUAAUGUCCAUUCUUAUCAAACUUUGGACAGCUAUAUUUCUUUUUCUCUUUUCAAAUA